CUGUCCAUUGAGUUAUAAUUUCCAAAACUAACCAGUCGCUAUAACGUAAAAUAAGCGGUUAUUUGUGAAUAAAAAUCCCCUUCGAUGAGAUGAAGUAACUGGCGCCAUCUUGUCUUCUCCAAACAUUACAAAUUUUCCCGCCAAAAACACUAUGACAUAUCGGACCACUAUAUAGCUGUAUAUAAUGAAGUAACGUACCAACCGCUGGUUUCCUGUAGACAUCGGUGGGCGCAUGGAUAUUGUAAACAAAAAUAUGGCGAUUUAUAGACGAGGUUGCGUUUUAUAGAACGUAUGUUUGACGUUGGUUUUAAAUGAAAUACUACUAACUUGAUAAACAGUGACAUAUACAACAUGGCUUUGGUGAAAUCGGGAGAGAAAGAUUUAGAGAUCGCUGUUAAAAAUGAUGCGAAACCCCCCAAGAAACAGGAGAUACUUGAUGAAGACACAUAUAUAAAGGUUUUAUAUUGAAUGACUCGUGUGUUCAAAUAGAGUCGUUUUAUAAACUUUUCUUUCAUUAAAAGAUACGAAUUACAGAGAUUAACUCUGUAGUAUUACUGUAGCGCCUGAUGCCCGUAUGUAAAAUUCGACCAUUUCAAUUUCGCCGUGGUUGAAUAUAUUCAAGUUCUAUGGCUGUGGAUCCAACAUAUUAUUACGCAUGCGUACAUACAAUAUUCACUAUUUUAUGGAAAAUAAUUUUUUAUGAACCUGUCCCACAUUCUAACCCCUACUCUAGCCCUAACCGGUUCUUAUUCUGACUGUUCUGGCCACUGGUAGGCAGGUAGAAGAACUCUUACAUAUACACUUGAAAUUCCACUUUAUCUUUGGGAUUUGAUCUGUGUGAUAGCGCAUGCAAGUGCCUUUAGUUAACCACUCGACUAUUGAGGAAUUGCUUGAAGUGAACUGAAAUCUAUUUGGUAUCAUUUUAGCAUGUUUAACCCAUUGAGUAGUAUUGUGCCCAGAUGUGCCCUCCCCUACUUUGUUAUUUUACUCUGUCUAAUGCCAGACGAUUUUACUUGUAUGGGGCAGCGCUGGUACUGAAUGGGUUAAAGAACGAGGAAAACACUUUUAUCGGAUCUAUAGCCAUAUAACUUAAAUUUCCGGUGUCGGAACAAUAACCACGGCAUUGUUAUUUUACUCUAUCCAACAUCAGGGAAAUGUUUUCAGCUGAGUGGCUUGUAAAUCAUUAAGCUGCAAUGUGCCCUAAUACUCCCCACUGUUACUACGGAUGUCACCAAAGUGUGAAAACGCUCAAACAUUUGAGGUCUGUAUCACGUUCAUGCCCAAAAACGUUGACGGACACACCUACAUAUUUUUAAACAGCCAAUCAAAAUUGUAUAAUUAUUACUAAGAACCGAUUGGCUGGUUAAAUCUAGAAUUGUAAAUAUGAAAUGGUAUAUAGUAGGCAUGCGUGUCGGUCAACGUUUGAGGGCAUGAACGUCAGAUACGGUACAAAUGUGCGAGCGUCUGCACACUUCAGUGACGUGAUACCAUCCAUAGUAUUUCACUCUGUCCAGACCGAGAUAAUUUUAUUUGUCUAUUCUCGGAGAAAGUGAAGUGUUCCAUUUUAAAUUAAUGGGAUUUAAACUAACUGGUCCUAAUGUAUGAUACAUGUCAAUCACACAAGGAAAUUUUUGCUGCAACUUGCAAUGCAAUUUGUGACAUAGAGCCUAUUAAAGUAGUCACAGGAAAAUUCUGAGCUUGUUUGUUUUGCCGACAUUUUUUAUCCCAUUCCUUCCAUUUUUCAUCAUUUAGAAAUGAAGUCAAGUGUAUUCUGCACAUGUGCUAUGUGAGGACCCUCUGAAUACCCAAAUUUCAUGUUUGUUCGACAUCUUCUACAUGAAUUGAAACUCUAAUCUAUAUUCAUUUAAAAGUGUAGCAAAUUGCCAAAUGAGAACAAUGUUAGAUAUUAACUGUGCAUCAUGUUUCAUGAAUAUAGGGUCGAUCUUCAAAAUGUAAACAAACGGUACAUCUGCCGAAUGGACUUGACCACCUCUUUAAAAUAUGUUAUGUACUAUUUUGCAAACUAAUUAUAUAAACAAAUUGCAGCAAAUAAAGUUGCCUUGUUCAAAUGAUUGAAUAUUUAUUAAGAUCUAGGUAUAUGGACCAAACUUUUUGCCAAAUAAAUAAAUAAGCAACACAAAUCGGCCAUGCUGUGAAAAGCUUCAAAAGACCUAAAUAUUGCUGUUUUUAUUUUGUCUAGUCAAUAGAGAACAUUAUAGAGAGAGAUUUCUUCCCUGAAGUCACAAAACUGAAAGCUCAGAAUGACUAUUUGGAAGCCAUCAAUACACAGGAUGUUGAGAAACUCAGAGCCUUGUCAUCACAGUAUAACAUUCUUCACACACCAGCUGGGGCACCUCGUAAGUGAAUGGUUCAGACAAACAUGGUAACAAUUAAGUUGCAACGAUUGGUCGUGGGGACUUUCCUGCUGAGAAAUCUCAUGUGCAGAACUCGAAAUUUCCAGCCCUAUCCAAUGGGAUACCAGUAAUAUGGAUUCUGGUAUCCACCCAGAAAAUCUAGUAUACCACAUUUGCAUAACAGAUUUAAGCAGUAACCAAACACUAAAACAAGCUUUCAAUUACAAAAAAAAAACAGAGUCACUUGAAAAGAUCUAAACAAGAAAGAAAUCUCUGUGGAAAGGAAUUAGUUUUAAAUUUGUUUAAUUAAUAUCCCAAUGGAUAAUUAGCUUGUGAUGUCUAAGGGCCCGGUUGUUCAAAGCACAAUUAGCAUUAACCCUGCAUGGGUUAAAAUUUAGCCUGCUGUUUGGCUUUGUGUGUUUCUACACAUCAGAAACUAAGACCUCUAAUGAUCCUGACCAGAUUUCUAGGAAAUUAUUUCCAAGUUUAUAAACAAGCUGUUGGAAAGUUUUUCGUUAACCCUGGAUUAAUAAGCUAACAGGCUUUCCAACAACUUUCCCCAGUAUCCAAAUUUAAAAUCUGGUAUCUUUUGGAUAUCGGGAUACUUCAAAUUGCAACUAGCCCUGACAUGUACUGUAGUAGCAACAAUUUCAUGCAAAAAACUGGUUGUGAGAUCAUAUUGACUAACAUUUCCAGACAACAAGUGGCUGAUACGAGGGAGUGGUAUCAUUCUGUUGCUCGACACAACUUUGUGCCUGCAACAAGAUUUUCACGUAUCACACAAUAACAUUUGUCACACGACCAGUCCUUGCAACUUGUCACUUCAUGUGACAGAAUCUGAAAUGGCUGCAGAAGAGUGUUUGUGAAUGUCCGAAAUUUGUGUUAUCAACCAAAAGCUAAGGCAUGUUUUCAAAUAUUGAAUGAAAUUUAAGAACUGAGAUUUUCAGCUACAAAAGGUGGACAUACUGUUGGCAACCAAAUCUCCAAUAUUUCGAUUUAAACGUUUCCAGGAAAGUGGCCUUAAUUAUAUCUUUCUUAUUAAUAGCUCCGACGCCAGCUAGUUUUGAAAGACCUUCAACAGGGAAACUUUGGGAACCAGCGGACGACGAACAACCAAGUGGUACCCCCGGUCCUAACUUCGAACAAACACGGGGAGACUCUUCGAAACAACAAGAAAACAACAAAGAACAAACCGAGAAAAGCACUUCUCUUGAUAAAUUUCUUGCUAAAAACACGAGCGAGGACAAUGCAUCUUUUGAAAUAAUCAUGGAAAAUACGCUGCAAAAGAACAAAGAAAAACACGCUUGGCUUUACGAGAAGGAAAAAGAACAUGCCAUGUUAGCACAGCAAAGACUAGCACUCCCAGAAAACAAAGAUGGCGGCCAACUAAAGUUAGCCGAUCGGCCGGCGAAUUUAGACAAUUGGGAAUACACUAAUAAAAACGCUUUGAUGUAUGUUCCCGAGUGUUCAACACUGACAACAGAGGAAGUGAUAGCGCGAGCUAAGUUACAAGAACGUGAAAUUAAACACACAAACACGAGGUUAACUGAGGAUGUAUUUAAAGAAAAGACAACAGAGGAUUCGAUGAACAGGGCAGCGGAAAGUCAAGUUAUGGGAAAUAUUGGAGGAAAAAUUGGAGUUGAUGGAAACAUAAUAGGAGGAAAUGAAACGCCAAAUGUGAAUGGGUUUAGAUUUGUAGCUACUCCUUCUCCAGCACCAGGUGAAGAAGAGUACUGUAUAUGUAUGAAUGAAAAACGUUUUCGAUGGGGAGGCGUCCAGACUGUACAUAUACGAAAAAACAUUGACAACUAUAUGGCUAGGUGAUAGCUUUCCCUAUAGCGACGUGAAAAGACACCUAUCCGUACCUUUUAGGAACGGUAUUUUCAGAGGAUUUAAUGCAACGGAGAGAUGUUGUUUCGCUUAGAUGGGUUUUUAGCAGAUGGGAUUUGCGAACGAAAGAGCCCUGCACUGGCAGCAGUCGAACCUACGAUUACGGUGCAGCGCUAUAACCAACUGAGCUACAGAGUCCAGUUGCUACCUAUAUUAUAUGUACCAAUAUAAUUCUCAUUAGUAUUUUUACACAAGUGAAUAUAAGAAAUCCGACGUGGUGAUUGGUAAAUUUUGACGUGAUAUUCCUUUACAAAAUGGCGACUAGCCUUUUUGUGGAAAUCACGGAUAAAGAAAUAGGCGAAAUUAAAAUAAAUUCAGUCCCAAAAAAACCCACCAAAGACUUGUGUAAAAAUACUAAAACAAUUAUUGCCUCAGGCUCGGUGAUUAUCGGGGAAUAUUCACCUCGACUUCGUCUCAGUGAAUAUAUCCCGAUGAUCAUCUUACCUUCGGCGAAUAUUAUUAAUUAAUCUCAUAUUUUUAAUAGGUGUGGAUGCAUCGCCGUUAAUGACGUGGGGAACGAUCGAAGGAACUCCCUUCCGAUUGGACGCCGGUGACGUCACCGUAGAUUCGACUCCAGGGCCCACAUUUAAAAUUCCCGAGCCGAAACAACGCGAGGUUCUGGCGCAUAAGUUGGCAGAGAAAGCGAGCAAACGACAUCGCGAAGAAAGGCGACAGGCUCUAGCUGCUGCAGCCUUUGGCAAGUAAGUCACUAUAGCAAUUUCAUGGAAUAAUUGUUGAAUGGUUUUGUAGAAAUUGUCGAGUGGAAUUUUUAUACAUUUAUUUUCAUUUAUUAGCCAUUCCGAAGUUGAUGAGUGGACUGGGGACGAGUGUUAAAAAGUGCCCGAAUUAAGAAAUGAACCAAGUCGUUUGAACCAAGUCUGAAGACGUUUAUCAUGUAAACGUAUAAUAAGCCUUCGUAUAAUAAGCUUUCGCAAAUUGUGAAACUACUCAGUAUUUUAAUUGUGAAACCACUUACCCAAAAUUCAUACGGUAAAUAUCGCGAUUUUCGAAAGCUUAUUAUUCGAAGGGUAUUCAUGUAAACGUCUUCAAACUUUGUAUUCUUAUACUAAUUUGGAGGUGGUCGUUUUAGUGAUUUGGUUCAUUUCUUAAUUUGGGCACUUUUUAACACUCGUCCCCAGUCCUCUCCUCAACUUCGGAAUGGCUAACCAGGGGGCAGUUGCGGAAAAGGCAACUAUAGGCCCUCCCGCAUGCAUCGAACCUGCGCGGUCCUGCGAUUCAAAUGCAGCGCUCUAACCAACUGAGCGACAGAGAGGCAGUUGACGAGUUCUAAUCACAAUUUCGUGCAUAAUUACAAAGUUGAUAGCCAUGUUUUUAUUUAACCAUUGUGGGCAGGCCUCGAAUUUCCCUGAAAUCAAUCGACGGCAAUGGCGUUAGAAAUUGCCGUAUAACGUAACAGCUGUCUAUGGCAAUUUUGGCAGUUUCCACGGCAUUUUUUCAAAUUAAUAAAAAUUUAAGUUUAUUGUUACUUUGGAUUGUUGACAAGCUAGAAACAUGUUUACGUAUUUCUUUAAGUGUUUUUUUUUUCAAAGAAAACUGAGACUAAAAUAGUAAUUUACGCAUGAUUUGAUCAACAUCUGAAUUCAAGUAUCAAAAUAGUAAUGCACAGUGAAUAGUAUAAAAAUUACACUAUACGGCAAAAAAUUGCCGUCGUUGCCGUAAUAAUCCACGGCAUUUUGUUCUCCCUCUACGGCAAUUGCCGCGAUAAAAUUCGAGCCCUGAUUGUGGGUAAUCAAACCAACACACUGCCGUUGUUUGCCUGCAUUGGCUGGACAAAAAACAAUACACAGGUGACGAUGAAUCGACCAUUUUUUGCAUAAACCAAGAAAAAAUAGAUAGAUAUUGAGGUCUACUACGUCUGCAUCAAGUUUCCUAAACUUCUUAUUCUAUAUUGACUAUGUUAAAAACCUAUUUCUCCCUUUAGAUCCCCGCGGAAUAAAAACACAAGCGAGAGAUUGAGUAGCAUGUCACCGGCCGCGCAGAGGUUGGCCUCGGAGAGACUGGGUAUUAGACUUGGAACGGACAAAGCAUUACGGUCAAGCUACUCACCAUCACCUCAACGUAUUCCACAGGGUACGCCAGAUAGAUCACGAACACCAUCAAGGUCACCAUAUAGUACACCUGGAAACAAUAGAACACCGAGAACUCCGUCAUUGACUGAUAAUUUACUUAAUUUACCAAAACAUUAACUAAUGUUUUUAUCGCUCAUAAUUAGUGAUCGGCUGUGGUGGUAGUAAGUUAUCAGAACAGUGGUAACUAUAGGCAUGUGAGUUACCUGAAAAUGUGCAUUGGUUGCCUUCGUUCCAUUCUAUUCUUACAUUAUCAGAACAGUGGUAACUAGUUAUCCCACCCAAUUCACUCACAUACAGCUAUUUCAAUUAAGGUUGUCCACGAGCAAAGCGGAAAAGUCGAAUACGAGCGCGAAAGGCUGCUGGG